AUGGAUUUUUUAUCAAAUCUAAUCAUCAUACUCGCACUUGUUUUUUUUCUUCUUGUUUUCUUAUAUGGGAGGAAGACAAAGAAAUAUCAUCCGGUUGCUGGGACGGUAUUUAGUUUGUUCAUCCACUUCAACACGGCGCAUGAUUACAUGACCAAUCUUGCAAAAAAAUACAAAACUUAUAGAUUGAUAAGCCCUUUCAAAGGUGAGAUCUAUACAACUGAUCCGAUGAAUGUGGAGUAUAUUCUCAAGACGAAUUUCGAAAAUUAUGGAAAGGGAACUUAUACCCACGACCUUCUAGAGGAUCUACUUGGUCAUGGAAUAUUUGCAGUUGAUGGGGAGAAAUGGAGAGAACAAAGGAAGGUAUCGAGUCAUGAAUUCUCUACAAAAGUCUUGAGAAAUUUUAGCAGUGUGAUUUUCAGGAAGAAUGCCAUAAAACUUGGAAACAUAUUGUUAGAAGCAGCAAAUAACAACCAUAAAAUCGAUAUAUAUGAUUUGUUCAUGAAAGCAACGCUAGAUUCAAUAUUUAAAGUUUCUUUUGGAAUUGAUCUUGACAACAUAUGGGGUUCAAGUAAACAAGCUGUAAGAUUCAGUCGUGCAUUUGAUGACGCAAACACGUUGACAAGUCGAAGAUUUUUUGACAUGUCUUGGAAGAUCAAGAAGUAUUUUAAUAUUGGGUCCGAAGCAGAAUUAAAGAAAAAUAUGAAAGUUGUUGAUGAGUUUGUUUAUAACUUGAUCCAGAUCAAGUCUGAACAAAUUCAUAACACAACCGACUUUUCGUUAAUUACAGGUCUCAACAAGAAUUACAAUGGACUUUCUACUUUGAUCCAAAAAUCAAAUCCUCUAUCACUAGUCUAUGAAUAA